AUGAGCCAGCGGCUGAUGUGCGACGUCGACAUGGUCGAGGAGCAGCAGUUGAGGCAGCUCGAGGGCGACGCAGCCGGCGGCCCGCCAACGUUGCCCGAGUCCAUGGCGGGAAAGGGCCAUAAAGUAAACACGGACGGGUCUCCGAGGGGCUGGCUCUACAAAGGCGAUCGUUCGUACUUUGUCACGCCUGCGCGCUACACCCACCUAGAGUGCAUCGAUGCCUGCCACAGACUCUCGGAUCAGACAGAUGGAGAGCCGGUUGCGCUCGCCUGCAUCGACUCGGCAGCCGCAACCGACUUCGUCGCAAACACCGUCUUCGGAGACUUCGGCCCGCGCGACUACGGGUACACCGGGCCGUACCUCUGGCUCGGCCACCACCAGUGGCCGAUCCGCCACGGCUCCGAAGCGGGGUGGAAGCCGGCGACGGUCGGGUGCGACGACUCGUACUCCCACUGGCGGCUGGGCGAGCCGGACGACUUCUUUGCGAUGCAGGACUGCGUGGCCGUUGACGCCGACGGUGGCUGGCGGGACGAGGGCUGCUACAUGCGGUACCGCUGCUUGUGCGAGCGCGGCGCCGUGUUGGUAGACGGGUUCAGGGACGAGGAGGAGACACAUUUGGCCUCUACCGGCUCUCGCAGCCUCGCUUCACGCGCCGCCACGAGUACACUGCGCGAUGCCGUUCCCGCCCUGACUCUGAUGUUCAUGGUGUAG